AUGAAUCCAUCAAACGAAAUUUAUAGUGGCGAUGCUCAAAGUCGUAUCGGUGAGUCUACUAGAGACGUCGAUUAUCAGCCUGACCCGCAUCUUCAAGAAGAACAAGGAGAUCUCAAGAAAGCAAACUAUACCGCUCCCAAUCAAAACCCCGUACAGCUGGCAACAGAUCUCAGUGAAACUGCCAGCAUGGAAUUUCUGGCAAAGAAUGCACACGAGGCAAAGGUAACAGACACAGCGCCACCAGGAAAUACCCACCAGCAAGGAGAAAUGAUAACCCCAUCCAAACAGGUAACCAGAACUCGUCCCGGGAUUGAUAAUCUUGCCCAGGCCAGUAUGCCGGACGAGCACACAGAAGGGAACUUCAGGCUCAGUGACAACCGUACUACCAACAAUGCGGAUUAUGCUUUUACAGAGCUUGCUAGCAUGGAAGCUCGGCUCAGUGAUACCCAACACAGUGGUCUGCUAUCAACUUUCCCAAAAGAGCAAAAGAGACAGACUGCCGGUGCCCCAGGUAUGCCCGCCAAAGGGUUGCAGGGAAACACAGGGCUGACAGCUCUGGGGGCACAUCAUAUAGAACCAAGUGCUGAUGUGGGUGGUGCUCGUCCAGUGUUGCGCGGGCUUGGCAAAAACAGGCCUGCAACUAAAGUGGCCAAGCAGUAG